AAAAGAGAAGCCGUUGAGAUAAUAGAAAUGGCAAGCUCAGACAGUGAACGUCACACAGAAGAGGCUGCAGAAAACAAGAGCAAUAAACAGCUCAAAGAUCGCAAAUUCUCAUGGGCAAAGUUACAUCGUGUUGAUUCCCUCAAUUUGGAAGCUGGAAAAGUUUCAAACUCUGCAGCACGACACGGCUCUAAGGCUGAUUGGAGGACGAUAUUGAGUCUAGCAUUUCAGUCAGUAGGAGUUAUCUAUGGAGACAUUGGGACUUCCCCUCUCUACGUUUAUGCAAGUACUUUUACUGAUAAAAUUGGACACAAGGAUGACAUUCUCGGAGUAUUGUCCCUCAUAAUAUAUACCAUAAUCCUCGUACCUAUGACUAAGUAUGUCUUCAUUGUCCUAUGGGCCAACGACAAUGGCGAUGGUGGAGCAUUUGCGUUGUAUUCUUUAGUAUGUCGAUAUGCAAAAGUGAGUCUCAUCCCAAACCAAGAGCCAGAGGAUAGAGAGCUUUCACACUACAAUCUAGAGAUACCAUCCAAUCAAUUUAGUCGAGCUCAGAAGAUCAAACAUAAUUUGGAAAAGAGUAAAUUUGCAAAAAUAUUUCUGGUCUUCGUCGCGAUCCUCGGAACUUCUAUGGUCAUUGGUGAUGGAGUUCUCACUCCUUGCAUCUCAGUUCUCUCUGCCGUAAGUGGAAUAAAGCCCCUCGGCCAAGAGGCUGUUGUGGGUAUUUCCAUCGCAAUACUGAUAGCCCUUUUCUGUGCGCAACGUUUGGGUACAGACAAGGUGGGAUACACAUUUGCUCCAGCCAUAUGCAUUUGGUUUUUGUUUAUAAGUGGCAUUGGUCUCUACAAUUUGUUCAAGUAUGAUGUGAGCGUCUUACGUGCCUUUAAUCCCAAAUACAUUAUUGAUUACUUCAAAAGAAACGGUACAAAAGGAUGGAUGUCUCUUGGUGGAGUUUUCCUCUGCAUUACAGGAUCCGAAGCUAUGUUUGCUGAUUUGGGUCACUUCAGUGUGCGUUCUAUUCAAAUAAGCUUCAGUUGCCUCGUAUUUCCAGCAUUGCUCUCAGCUUACAGUGGACAAGCUGCUUACCUCUCAAAAUUCCCUGAAGAUGUUGAGAAUACUUUCUAUGCCUCCAUUCCAGAUCCAUUGUACUGGCCAACAUUUGUAGUGGCUGUUGCUGCAGCCAUUAUUGCAAGUCAAGCAAUGAUAUCUGGAACCUUUUCUAUUGUGGCUCAGGCCCAAGGUCUAGGCUGUUUCCCAAGGGUGAAGGUAAUUCACACAUCUGCCAAAUAUGAGGGUCAAGUUUACAUCCCAGAGUUGAACUACUUCCUCAUGAUUGCAUGUGUUCUAGUUACUCUCAGCUUCAAAACCACAGAAAAAUUGGGGCAUGCUUAUGGUAUAGCUGUGGUUAUUGCUGAGAUUAUAACCACCAAUAUGGUGACACUAGUAAUGCUUGUUAUAUGGAAAAUCAGCAUAUGGUGGAUUACCCUAUUCUACAUGGUGUACUUUUCCAUAGAAUCUACAUAUUUUUCCGCCCAGCUGACAAAAUUCACGCAAGGUGGUUAUCUACCCUUAGCCUUUUCAGUCGUACUCGUGAUCAUUAUGGGAACUUGGCACUAUGCUCAAAAACUUCGUUACCAAUUCGAGCUCAAUAACAAGGUGUCAAGUGAGUACGUCAGGGACUUGGCCAAUAAUCCUGACAUCAAAAGAGUACCUGGAAUAGGAUUACUCUACUCUGAACUAGUGCAGGGGAUUCCACCUAUAUUUCCUCAUUUUGUCUCCAAUAUCCCGUCGGUCCAUUCAGUCAUAGUCCUGGUGUCGAUAAAAUCCAUUCCUAUCAGUAAAGUAGCACUACAGGAACGUUUCUUGUUCCGACAUGUUGAGCCAAGAGAAUACAAUGUGUUCCGCUGUGUAGUUAGGUUGGGAUACAAAGAUCAACUUGGGGAUACAGAGGACUUUGAAAACCAAUUGGUGGAACAAUUGAAUGAGUUCAUUAGACAUGAACAUUACAUUCUUGCAGCAGAUCAACAAGUUAUAACAGAUGGAGGGAUUGUACCACCAGUAUCUGGACAAUUAGUAGCUGGAAAAUCAUCCAGGGUCCACAUGGAGGAAGACUCGCAGCGACAAGUGGAUUCUAGAGUUUCGUCAACUGGUUCAAUUCGAUCAAUGAACACUCCAGCAGCUCAGUCAAAUCGUUCAUCAAGUAGAAUACAAACGGUGUCCCCAAAUUUGGAAGAAGAAGACAUGCAAUUUGUGAAAAAAGCAAAGGGACAAGGAGUGUUCUAUCUCCUGGGAGAAGCAGAGGUGGUGGCUAAACAAGAUGCUUCGUUCUUGAAGAAAGCAUUUGUCAACUAUGGCUAUAAUUUCUUGCGCAAGAACUUCAGGCAAGGGGACAAAGCUAUGGCUAUUCCUCAGGCUAGGCUGCUAAGGGUCGGGAUGACUUAUGAAUUAUAAUUGUGACCUAGCUACUCCAAAAUCAUUCAGUGAAAGUGUGCUAUCAAAUACUCGCAUAACAAACAAAGUGAUUUCUUGCAGUUUGUAUAUCUUUACUCUUUUAUCCUUUAAUGUUUGCAAGCUUUCGGUUUGAGUUUGAGUAAUUUAACUGUAUUGUUUCAAACAAUGUAUUACAUACUCCUCUAUUCCAAGUUCCAACUUGUUUGACA